UCAAUCCCGGGACUCCAGGAUCAUGCCCCCAGCUGAAGGCAGGCGCUAUCCCUCUGAGCCAUCCAGGCAUCCCUAAUCUCUCGACUUUUAUGUAGGUUUGAAACUUUCAUAAAAGCCAUGACUAGCUUCUCUAUUUGCCUUCAUCCAUACAGAAAAAUUCAUUGAAGCCAAGGAAGUGGGUGUGAUCACCCAUGGUGAACAGACAAAGCCAUCAUACUAAACCAAGGGUGUUUGUGUAUAGAAUUAUCACCUACAGAGCUCUGUUAGAAUGUACGUGCCCAAGAACUGUCCUAAGAGAUUGUGAUUCUCCAAGUCUGGAGUGUAUUUUGAAAAAUAUUUCUCGGUAAUUCUGGUACACAUUCCCAGAAGAUGUCUUUGAAAAUUACCAAUGCAAAACGAAUUGAAGGCCUUGAUAGUAACGUGUGGAUUGAAUUUACAAAGUUGGCUGCUGACCCCUCUGUUGUGAAUCUUGGUCAAGGCCUCCCAGAUAUAUCCCCUCCUAUAUAUGUGAAGGAAGAGUUAUCAAAGAUUGCAGCAAUUGAUAGCCUGAACCAGUAUACACGAGGCUUUGGUCAUCCAUCACUUGUGAAAGCUUUAUCCUGCUUAUAUGAAAAAUUUUAUCAAAAUCCAAUCAAUCCAAAUAAAGAAAUCCUUGUAACAAUAGGAGCAUAUGGAUCUCUUUUUAAUGCCAUUCAAGGAUUAAUUGAUGAGGGAGACGAAGUCAUAAUAAUAGUGCCUUUCUAUGACUGCUAUGAGCCAAUGGUGAGAAUGGCUGGAGGAACACCUGUUUUUAUUCCCCUAAGAUCUAAACCUGUUGAUGGGAAAAAAUGGUCUAGUUCUGACUGGACUUUGGAUCCUCAAGAACUGGCAAGUAAAUUUAAUUCUAAAACCAAAGCCAUUAUACUGAAUACUCCACAUAACCCCAUUGGUAAGGUAUAUACCAAAGAGGAACUCCAAGUAAUUGCUGACCUUUGCAUCAAAUAUGACACACUCUGCAUCAGUGAUGAGGUUUAUGAAUGGCUUGUAUAUACUGGAAAUAAGCAUUUAAAAAUAGCUACUUUUCCAGGUAUGUGGGAGAGAACAAUAACAAUAGGAAGUGCUGGAAAGACUUUCAGUGUAACUGGUUGGAAGCUUGGCUGGUCCAUUGGUCCUAAUCACUUGAUAAAACAUUUACAGACAGUUCAACAAAACACCAUUUAUACUUGUGCGACUCCUUUACAGGAAGCCUUGGCUCAAGCUUUUUGGAUUGACAUCAAGCGCAUGGAUGAACCAGAGUGUUACUUUAAUUCUUUGCCAAAAGAGUUAGAAGUAAAAAGAGAUCGGAUGAUACAUUUAUUUGAAAGUCUUGGCCUAAAACCUAUAGUUCCUGAUGGGGGAUACUUCAUCAUUGCUGAUGUGUCUUUGCUAGAUGCAGACCUCUCUGAUAUGAAGGACAGCAAUGAACCUUAUGAUUAUAAAUUUGUGAAAUGGAUGACUAAAAAUAAGAAACUGUCAGCCAUUCCAGUUUCAGCAUUCUGUAAUGCAGAGACCAAGUUACAGUUUGAGAAGUUUGUGCGAUUUUGCUUCAUUAAAAAAGACAGUACACUGGAUGCUGCUGAAGAAAUCAUUAAGGCAUGGACUACACAGAAGUGUUAAUAAAAGUCGAGUUUCUAUUAGAUGACCUAAUAUGGAAUUGUUAUUUAGUGCUGCCAUCUGCUGGAUAUGGAAAAACAAAUAUUUCAGUACAAAUGAAGAGUGAACAAUUUCAAAAUGUUGAACCCACUGGGGUUUUUUCAUUUUGUUGUUUUUCAGUUGAAAUGGUUGAAAACACCUUCCACUACCAUUUUACAUCAGGCAAUGUAGGAUUGUGGAUAAUAAUUAUGAGGUGCUGGUUGAUGCUUAACCUCUCAGGGCUUCAGUUCCCUCAUCAUAAAAGGGGAAUAAAAUAUAGCACCCACUUUAUGACACCUGGCUGGCUCAGUGGGUAGAGCAUAUGCAAUUCUUGAUCUUGGAGUCAUGAAUUAGAGCCCCAUGCUGGACAUGGAAUCUACUUGAAGUGAAAAAAAAUAAAAUAAAAAAAAGCACCUACUUUAGAUGAAGUUUGUGAGGAUAAAAUGGAUUGAUAUAUGUAAAGCUUCAAUAAACACUCAACUUGUUAGCCA